CAAAUUUUUAUGGACCCUUUAAUAAUUUCAAAUUCGAUGUUAUUGAAGAUUGCAAAAGGUCAGAGGACCUACAAGGUGCGUUUUGUAAUUGAUGUUAGCGAACUUGGGGAAUUUAGUCCACUCCUACAGAAUGCAACAACGUUUCCUGAAUUUCAAAGCAUUUCUUGGUACAGGUCAAUAAUUUCCAUGUAUAUUGCAUUUCAUGAUUUUUUUUUGGCCCACUAUUUAAUUUUACUUGUUGAAAGCUUUUCCAUUUCUCUCAUCUGCUGUUACCAAACCUGUAGGUACACCUCUAGAUAUUAUUGCCUUGGAUGCCAUCCUAUUCCAGCCCUGAAAUAUCUUUUUGAUCACUCGAGUGUAUGUGCAAAUGAUCAGAUUCAGUGGUUGACAAGGAUUUUAAAAGAAAGCGAUAGUGAGUGGAAAGUUGUCUUUGGUGAGUGCAAAAUAUUGAAAAUGGAAAAUGGGAGUCCUUUUGAGCCUUUAUGGAGCAUAUUGCUUCAAUAUGGAGAGAAUGCAUAUAUUAGCACGAAAAGUUGCACCGAUCAAGGACAGAGGUUUGGUGUUAGUUCAAUGGACAGAGGUUCUUAUUUUACCGCCGUAAAUCAGAAUUUUGUUUUUAAAGAGGAUAAAGCAGAUGGGUUUAUUUUCCACCGAAUCAGCUCACUAGAGAUGGUGAGCUAUGGCUAUCUUUCCAUUCAAAAAUUAGUUUUUGUUCGUUCGGUUUUCUCGUGGCACAGAAAGCCCUACAAAAUAAUUGCAAAAGGAAACUAUUGA